UUUUGAUGUUCUGGGAGCUGUCAAAGCGUGCAAUAAAUUGGGGAAGGAGCGAAUCCUUUCGUAACACAUACCGGUUGUACAUUUUGUAAAUAAAAGAAGUGUGUAUAAUAACAGGCGAAGUUCUUUUAUAAGAUGAACCACCAUUGAACUGCGUGAGAAAACUUUCAUAACACUCUAUCAUGUUUGUCGGCUUAAGUUGCAUUCGAACUGGAAUACACCACAAUCCGGUAUUGCUGCUUCGAUAUUUGCCGGAACUGUUUUCCUUUAGGACAUUGCAUCAAACCAAAGCACCGUAUUGUAACAAUCGCGUCCAAACGGAUGUUGGCAAAGAUAUUUCCACUGUCAGUUGUGUAUUUUUUGGGCAAUGGCCGGAAGAGAAUCGUGAAAAAUUCACCAAAGAUAUGCGCGUGUUCGACCAGUUUGUUGAUGAAAAGGAGGAAAACUCGUUGUUAGAAGAAAUAGACCCGUACCUGAAACGGCUGCGAUACGAAUUCGACCACUGGGAUGGUGCAAUUCACGGAUACCGUGAAACGGAACGAAAACACUGGUAUCCCGCGAAUCGGGCAAUCCUAGAUCGUAUUGUAUCCGUUGCCUUUGAAGGAACCGCCAUGCCUUACGUUCAUGUGCUGGAUUUAGCGGAAGAAGGUGUCAUCAAACCACACGUCGAUAGUGUACGGUAUUGUGGCAACACCAUCGCAGGUAUAAGUUUACUCUCUGACUCCGUUAUGCGGCUGGUGCGGACAAACGACGAGGAACAAACGGAUGAAGAAAGCCGGCAAAUAUUUACCCAGGAGCGCGACAAUAAGUAUUGGGCUGAUAUAUUGCUUCCAAGGCGAUCGCUUUACGUGAUGAAACACACGGCUCGAUACAAAUUUACGCAUGAAAUUUUGACUAACCAGGAAUCCUUAUUUCGAGAUAAACUGAUCAAGAAAACGAGACGCAUAUCAAUAAUUUGCAGAAAUGAUCCAUAAACUAGUAGUGAAAUAAAGCAAUUUACUUUGUACGUAACAGAA